CUUUUGCUCAUUAAAUAAGUAUUCCAACGUUUUCGUUUCAGACUCAUGGAGCAAAAAGAUAGAGAGAUAAAUUCAUCAGAAGAGGAAGAGGAAGCAAAGAGUGGAACGACAGACAUUCAACCUGUCAACGAUCAAAGUAAUUUGAGGACUUGUCAAAACGGCUCAGGCACGCUUCCUGAGAAUGCUUCUCAUCUGUAUUCAGAGAAAGGAAGGCCAGUUAGAGAAGAAACAGGUCCAAGUGGACGUCACAGUCCAAUAGGGUACGAAAUAUCAUUUGUCGCAACAAAAGCUUCAUCUGAUUACAAAUUUGAACUACAUUUCACCCUGAAAUCAACUAGUUCAUUUGCGUUUGUAGCAAAAUAA